AUGACAACUGCCGCAGUGUUUGGCUCCACCGGAGCUGUGGGCUCUCAGAUCCUCGCAACUCUGCUGGCCUCGGAGUCGUUCCCCUUUGUGAAGACGGUCUCGCGGAGGGUUCCCGACGUCCAGUCUCCCAAGCUGGAAGCCGUGCAGGAAAGUGAUACUUCCAAAUGGGGUGACAUGAUCAAUACCCUGUCUCCCAAGCCGUCAGUGGUCUUCAAUGCUGUUGGCACCACCCGGGUUGCGGCGGGUGGUAUUCAGAAUCAAUGGAAGAUCGACCACGACCUGUGCAUCGAGAAUGCGCGCGCGGCCAAAGCAGCGGGUGUGAAGACCUAUGUCUUCAUUUCUAGUGCUGGCACCCGCAGCUUUUUCUCCAGUCGUGUCCCGUACUCGCAGAUGAAGAUCGGAGUCGAAGAUGCUAUUCAGGAAUUGGGCUUCGAGCACGCGAUCAUCUUGAGACCGGGUAUGAUUUUGGGGAGAGACGUUCCCAAGGCUGCCUUCUUCGAGAGCAUCGUGGGGAAUAUUAAUAAGCUCGGGCAGGGUAUUCAGGACCGACUCGGUCAAGAUCAGACUGUCAUUGGCAGAGCUGCGGUGGCAGCGGCCCGGCAGGCCGAGGAGGGCAAAGCCCCGUCGGCUUUUUGGAUCCUUGAACAGGCUGACGUUGUCAGAAUGGGUCGGGAUGAGUGGCAGGAGUAA